UUCCCUUAUUUUAUUAUAUAAAUCCCUUUCCUUCAGCUACCCUCUUCCUCUUUUCCAGUUCUAGGGUUUUUGCUUCCGUCCCAGGGUUUCUACUUUGCUGCCGCCCUCCUCUCGCUCCAUCUGCAUCGUCUCCAAUGGCGGUCUCCUUCUCCGAUCUCCACACCGAAACCGGCCUCAAAACUCUCGAAGAAUUUCUCUCCGGCAAGACCUACAUCUCUGGAGAUCAAAUUAGUAGAGAUGAUAUCAAAGUCUUUGCAGCAGUAUCAAAGCCAGGAGGGGAGUUUCCGAAUGUGUGCCGUUGGUGCGAGAGCGUGUCUUCGAUUAUUGCUCCAAGAUUUCCUGGUGAAGCUGUUGGAGUCAAAAUCGCAGGCCAAGCUGCACCCUCAGCUGCUGCCCCUGCAACAGAGGCUGCAAAGACCUCAGUGAAUGAUGAUGAUCUAGAUCUCUUCGGUGAUGAGACAGAGGAGGAGAAGAAGGCUGCUGAGGAGCGGGAGGCGGCUGUUAAAGCCUCGUCCAAGAAGAAAGAAAGUGGAAAGUCAUCUGUCCUUCUGGAUAUCAAACCUUGGGAUGAUGAAACUGACAUGAAGAAGCUGGAGGAGGCUGUUCGCAGCAUUGAGAUGCCAGGCCUCUUUUGGGGAGCAUCAAAGCUUGUGCCUGUGGGCUAUGGUAUUAAGAAGCUGCAGAUCAUGUUGACCAUUGUAGAUGACCUUGUAUCAAUUGACGACCUUAUCGAGGAGCGUCUCACGGUCGAGCCUUGUAAUGAAUUUGUUCAGAGCUGCGACAUUGUGGCCUUCAACAAAAUCUAGGCGUGUCUCAACCAUUUAAUUCGGGCGAAGUAAGGUUAUUAGAUUGUUAUGUUCUCAGGGUAAUAAGACCUUGUAGUGUCGUUUGGUUCUUUUUUGAGGCUUUGCUUUAAACAAUAUUAUGAGAUUGUCUGUCUAAGCCUCAAGGGGCUUAGCAGAGACUUCAUUUGAAAGGACAUUUUGGCUCUGUUAUUUUAUUCUAUUUUACGAGCUUUGGAAA